GAGUGGAAAUCGCUGCUUCCAUUUGGAGAUGCUUGAGGAAAGGGCUAAAAAGACGCACACACAUAAGGAAAGACAGAUGUAACAUGUUUCUCUAAUCCAGGUCCCUUCUAGGUUAGCUGGUUGAUUAGUGAACAGGUGCAGUGGACAUGCUCUGAAUGCAUCAUGGGAAAUGAGGGGAAUUUCAUGCAUCUUAAUGACUAUGACAACAAUUUGCCUCUUGAACUUCCUGCUGCCGGCUGCAUUGCUGCUAGUAUGUGUUACAGUGUCAUGAAAGAGGAAAAACAAUGAGGUGGAAGUAACAAAGACAGUCUCUCAUGGCCGUUGGCUGUGGGUUUCGUGAUGACGCCUUGAGGAACACACUGUUUUAUGUGAAGACAUUUCUAAACGUUUACCCACCUUGACAUGUUGAAGACAUCCCCUGAUGUCAUCUACUCAAAAUCAGCAUCUCAACUAACAGUGUGAAAGAUGCCAACACUUACUUUAGCUUUAAGUUUGAAAGCAGAGAGAGCUCCAGACCUCAAGGGAGGAUCAACAAGACUCUACAUGAAAGCUUGAGAGCACAUGAACCAUCAGGAAACAUGAGUGUGAAUGAUGAACACACCAGACCCUUCGAGACCAGCAUUGAAGAUGGCUGUAAAGAAAUCAGAAACAACAACAGACAUGCUGAAGAUUCCCCAGAUGGUGAUGCCAAUGCUAAUGAAAUCCACAGUGGAGAUGGAGGAACAUCUUUGGAGGGAACUGAAACCCUGUCCCCUAUGGUAUCUCACACUGAGGAACAGGUGAAGAUGAUUAUCCGAGACACAGAUUCCCCAUGUUAUGACCCAGAGUUGGCUGAGUUUGAGAUGCUGGAAAGUCAGGAACUAGAGGAUGAUGAGAGAUAUGAUGAAGAGAAGAGUAUUCCUAAAGGUGAUGUCACGGGGGCUUUAUCCACCAAUAUGAAGCAGACCGAAGCAAAGUCUCAGAAGGAUGGCAAAAGAUUCUCCCAGUUAAUUUCAAAGGAGCAAGAGUCUACUGUUUGUCCUCAGUCCACUAGCAAAGAAAUGGUGACCAGCAUAGCCAGGACUGAGUUUAGCUCUGAAAAUGAUGUUUUUGUCUCUUGCCUCUCCACCAUGUCUAGUCUUGGAGGAAGUCUUGCUAGUGCCCUGGACAACGCCGGUCGAACCCAAAGCUCUGAUUCAUGGCAUGCUCCGUCAGGACCAUACCGAACUCUCUCUGAGGACCUUACCCUUGCCUCACAGUCCUGUUUAACUAUUUCAGAUAAAAACUGGAGCUCUGUACAUACUGAUGGCACGCAUCAAGCAGGAAAAAUUACAAUGCACAUCGCCAGUGUUGAUCUCAAUCUUAACUCUACCACCUUGCCUGAGGAACCCCUUUUAGAAGCACAAGAAAACAAACCAGCUACAGAUUUUGUAAUACAUGAGAGCUCAGGUCAACUUACAAAUGGCAUGAGUGAAUGUAGCAUUGCAAGGAUCAAGAAGGUCCCUAAUGAAUCAGGAAGUACCAGUCAGGACAAUCUAGGAGAACCUGGAAUUCAUGUAAAGGAGUACCAUGGAACAGAAGACAAGGUUUCAAAUUUGAAAACUGAGAAAAAACUUUGCCAACCUCUUGUCUCAGACAACACACAGUCUGCUUCACACAACAGAAGGUUCUCAGAUGAUUCCACUGGUGAUAUAAAAAAUAAACUAAAAUCCCAGCAUGUGGAAUCUCCUAAAAUUGCUCUUCAGACCUCAAAACUAACCUCAAAGGAUACACCUGUGCACUCUGGUGAUUCUGAACCCCAAACAUACAAGAAGCAAGCUUCUUUUGAAAAGACCCGAAGUUCUAGUGCAUCAAGUUUGGAAAGGCGAAGACCUUGGGGCAGCCCGUCUCGCCCUGAGACUCCUCCAUCCCCUAAGACAACCUGUUCACCUCGAAAACAACCACCUUCAUCACCAGCCAAACCUAUUAGCACAAGAGAAGCAAGUCAAGAACGAAAUGAAAUCUUGCAGAAAGGAACCACUGGUUUGAGGCAACCAAGUAAAAGUUUUCUCAGUAGUAGUAGCAGUCUCUCAAAACCUGCCAUUCCUCAACAGCCCACAAGGGCAGAGUGUGGACCUAAGAAGUCUUCUCCACCUCAAAAGCCCAAAAAUGUUCGACCAAAAAUCAUAACGUAUGUCCGCAAAAGCCCUCAAGCAAAACCAAUGUCUGAAGGUCCCUAUGAAGUAUCGACACUACCGCCAAGACUUACACCGUACAGUAGCUCACCAACCUCAAAAGAAUCCCAGGUCGAAGGGUCCAGAGGUUCACCUGUGCUAAGCUCCUCUAAUGUCCUUUAUGACAAGUAUCGUCAGGAAGUACAGAGGUCAGGGUACUACUCACCUCCAGGACUGGUGGCAUCUGGGAUCAGGCCUCCCAGCCACACUGUCCCCCAUAAACUGGUGGGCAAAUCAGAGAGUUUCCACGGGGAACUGCCAGAUCAAUAUUUACAGGGUGGUAGAGCACUUCAGAUAAAUACCCAUGAUGCUGCUGCUGCCGUUUUCCGCUUCCCCAGAGCCUUAAGGCCUCAGCUUGGCCUUGGAGCUGUCACUAGACAGCCUGCUACUAAGAACAGAACAGUUAUACCAGGUCAAAGGUCAGCGUCACCCCUCAGUUACAUGGCUCCAGCUGUUCAGGCCCCAAGUAGUCACCAGGAACCUACAGUGGAUCAGAAGAGACUAGCAUUGGGUGUGGCCCCCAAAUUUAUGCUCCCCAAACCCGGUCAAUCUGGAUUGCGUCCUCCUGGCUUCUCCCAUCUGCCCCCUGCUCGACUGGCCACCUUUGGCUUUGUCCGUAGUGCUAGCGUGUCUUCUGUGUCUAGCAACCAAUCGAAUGACAGCAUACACAGUGACCCCUGCCGAUCCAGCCGUCCACACAGCACCAGUGAUGAAACUCUCCUCUUGCGCUCUCCUCUCCCUCCUGUUGAGAGCAGCAGUGGCAGGAGUCAGAACCGCAGCAGCCCCCAGCCCCCAGCCCGCCGAUCUCUGCACCCGCCCCCUCGUGCCUCACCCGUGGCCUCAAGAAAGGAGUUUCAAAGGGAUGGAGAAAUCACCCGACCCAUUUUGUCAUCCCCGAAGAGGUUUGCAGUGGUCUCUCCCAAGCCUCAGUCCCCUGUCCGUCAGAAGUCAUGUGUGGCUCGUCUGGGUGGGCGUGCGGAAGACAUAGAUGCAGAGAGGGAGCGAUUGAUGGUACAGAGGCUGAAAGAGAGAUGUGAAGAUCAGGCUUGGCAGCUGAUCACCCUGCAGGACGAGCUCAGAAAGUCCUCACGAUGCCUGGAUGUGUUCACCAUAACCACACAGCACUUCUGCCAGAAGAGUGAGAGUGCUGCUGUGAAGGAGAGGGAGUUGUCCCUGCAGUUAGCCAGGAUCAGGGAUGAAGUGGUGGUCAGUGUUCAGCGGUGGGAGCGUCUGCAGGGUGAGAAGGCCCAGCUGGAGCAGAGUUUUGAGCGGGAGCUGAAAGAACUCCAAAAGGAGCAACAGCAGGAGCUCAAGGCCUUACAGGAGAGACUUGUAAAGGAACACACCUCUGAGAUACAGCGACUCCAGCAACAGCAGAACAGCCACCUGGAGCAGCUGCGUUCCCAGCACCAGGAACAGAUUGAGGAAAUGAGUGAAAACCAUGAGAGGGCUAUGAUGGACAUGGAAGCGACUCAUGGUGCCACGUUGGCCACUUUACAAGAAGAACACACCAGAACCAUCAAGAACCUGAAGAUGGCACAUGAGCAGCAAAAGAAGUCAAUGGAAGAGGAAUUUGAGAAGCUCAGACUCUCACUGCAGGAUCAGGUUGACACCUUGACAUUUCAGAACCGUGCUCUGCGGGACCGGGCCAAGCGCUUUGAAGAAGCACUGCGCAGAAGCACAGAUGAGCAGAUAGUGGAUGCCCUUGCUCCAUAUCAGCAUAUCGAGGAGGAUCUGAAGAGUCUUAAAGAGGUUCUGGAGAUGAAGAACCAGCAGAUUCAUCAACAGGAGCUCAAAAUUUCAGAGCUCGAAAAAAUGGUAAAUUGCAUUAACAAACAUUACAGAACAACAUUAAAUGUAACUAUAAAUAUUGAAGACAUAAUGAAAAAGUUUUGUGGCUUUUACUCCCUGUAA